AUCCACGAUGAACUGGAACAGCUCCUGCGGGUGCUCCCACCGCACAUACAGGCUAGCCUUCAACAGCAGGAAAACCUGAACGAGUUGCUGGAGGUUGUACUGGACUUGGGGCGCACACCGGAAGCCAGGUUCUCCGCUGGGGACGUCCUGCUGGCAGAAGAACCAGUCAGCCGGGAGGACCUGGAUCAUAUCGUGACCAGCAUCGGCGAGUUCGGCGGCGAUAACCGCGCCGGCAUGGAGCGCACGCUGCACCGCAUCUCCGCCAUUCGCAACCGCCACGGCAGUGUCGUGGGCAUAACGUGUCGGGUGGGCCGGGCGGUGUUCGGCACCAUCAGGAUCAUCGAAGACCUGGCAUACAGCGGGAAGAAUAUCCUGCUGUUGGGCCGGCCCGGCGUCGGCAAAACCACGAUGUUGCGUGAGGUGGCCCGCGUUCUGGCCGACGAAGCCCGCAAACGCGUCAUCAUAGUGGACACGUCUAAUGAAAUAGCCGGCGACGGAGACAUCCCGCACCCCGCCAUCGGGCACGCCAGGCGGAUGCAGGUUCCGACGCCCACCGAGCAGCACGACGUGAUGAUCGAAGCGGUGGAAAAUCAUAUGCCCCAAGUCAUCAUCAUCGAUGAAAUGGGUACCACGCAGGAAGCCGCCGCCGCCCGCACCAUUGCCGAGCGUGGCGUCCAACUCGUCGCCACCGCCCACGGCAACACGCUGGACAACCUCAUCAUGAAUCCUACGCUGUCUGACCUGGUUGGCGGUGUGCAGACCGUAACGCUGGGCGACCAGGAGGCACGUUUCCGGGGCACGCAGAAAACCGUCCUGGAGCGGAAGGCGCCGCCCACUUUCGACGUGGUGGUAGAAAUCCAGGACUGGGACGAAGUAGCCGUCCAUGAAGACGUUGCCCAGGUGGUUGACCAAUGGUUGCGCGGUUACCAGGUGGCUCCCGAAGUGCGCCACAUGGACGAAGAUGGGUCCAUGACCCGAACCUCGCCACCGCGCCAAAGCGAGUCGGGACCGGCCCCCUGGUCGGCCAAUGAGAUUCAGGGUCGUCGCAGUAACACCAAAAAUCGCCGCAACGGCAGCCAGCUUCCCUACGACCAAUACCCGCCGGAAGAAUUCCGGGAUGAACCCGAUGCCAGCGGCGGAGCCGGCCCGCGCCUGGAUUCCCGCAUCUUCCUGUUCGGCGUCAGUCGCGACAAGCUAGAAGCAACGUUGGCCGAACGUGGCAUAACAGCUGAAAUCGUCAGCGAACUGCGCCGCGCCAACGUGCUCUUGACCACCAAGAACCACUACCGCCGGGGCAGCCAACUGGUGCGGGUUGCCGAAAACAACAGCAUCCCAGUCUACGUCUUGCGCAAGAAUACCGCUCCCCAGAUCGGCGAGUUCCUGACCUCGCUGGCGCGCGACCAGGGUAUUGAGUUGGCACCCUCCAGCCGCCGUUUUGGCGAUGACCGGGAUGAACCGAACGAGUCAACCGUGGCGGAGGCCAAGGCGGAAGCCGAAGAAGCCGCACACCGCGUGCUGUCCGGCGAAUUCUCGGUGCAACUGGAACCUCAGCGGCCUUACAUACGGCGUUUGCAGCAUCUGUUGGCCGAGCAGUUCAAGCUGGCGUCCACCAGCCGCGGUCGCGACCCACAGCGCGGCGUCCUGAUUUACCGGCCGUAA